UGCAGACACCUCCAGAGACCCUGGACGAGGAGGAGGUGGUUGUGCUCUGGACAAGACUCCAUGGAGAAAUGUCCAGUACCUUACUGCAAGGAUACAGGAAACAUGAGGGGACGGCUUGUUCAGCAAAUAGAUUUGUAUGAACCCUUGGAGCAGCAGCAUCGCCCUCACACUGUGAAUAAGAGCCGGAAGCAAUUGCAACGAGAAAAAGCCCUCCAGCAGCAAUGUCAGAAGCUGGGACUGCAGGGUGGAGCAGCCUCUGUUCCUCCUGAGCAGUUGCUUUCUGUACCAAAACACAAGCCUUGUCAUCCUCAGCAGCCUGUGCCACCACCUCAUCCUCCUUCAGCAGGAGAUCAAAGGCAAAGUGACAGCCGAGACCAGCAGAAAGAAGUGACACCGGUAGAUCCCUGUAAUGGCAGCGACAAUGCCCAGACCCGCCCUGCAAAGCCGAACUCCAAAGUGGAGAAAAAGAAAGUGGAAUUGCAGGAAAAAUCACGAUGGGAAAUCCUCCAGCAAGAGCAGCGGCUGAUAGAAGAGAAGAAUAAACGCAAGAAGGCACUCCUGGCCAAAGCUAUUGCUGAGAGAUCCAAAAGAACUCAAGCUGAAACAGUGAAACUAAAAAGGAUUCAGAAGGAGUUACAAGCUCUGGAUGACAUGGUAUCUGCUGACAUUGGCAUCCUGCGGAACCGCAUUGAUCAGGCCAGCUUGGACUACUCCUAUGCCCGGAAGCGGUAUGAUAAGGCUGAGUCGGAGUAUGUGGCAGCCAAGCUGGACCUCCAACACAAGACGGAGAUUAAGGAGCACCUCACGGAGCACCUGUGCACGAUCAUACAGCAGAAUGAACUCCGCAAGGCCAGGAAGCUGGAGGAGUUAAUGCAGCAGCUGGAAGUGGAGGCAGAUGAGGAAAAUCUGGAACUUGAGAUAGAGGUGGAGCGGAUGCUGCAGCAGCAGGAGGCAGAAGCAGGGAGACAAGCCAGCCAGUCACACAGUCAUGCUGGGACAGCUAAGGAAAACCCCACUCCCAGUGUUACGGCACGGGAGAGUGAGCAUGCUAACCAUGCUGUCGCUUCUCCUGCUAUUUCUGAACAGUUGGUUCAGUCUCAAAACUCCGGUACCAAAUCCUUCUCCAAUAUGGACAGCCAAACUCAAGCAGUAAAUGUGACUCCAGGAAACUCCCCAGCUUGUUCUGCUACAUGACUACUAUAUUCAGAUAAGCCAGCCGGUUAUGGAUGAUAUACUCUCUGUGGGCUUGUGUACUGUAUGUUAUAUCUGGGCUUCUGCAGUGCCAGUAAUAUGCACUUCAUUUCUCUUUUCCUUUAAUAUUGUUUUCAAAUGUUAAAGGCUCUUUUUUUCACAAGAUUCCCAUUUGGGGUUCACCAUCUGUCAUCAUCAUUCUGGUUUAAGUUCAUGUUCUAAUGCCCAGCUCUUCAUGGGGUUUUGUACCUUCCUGAAACAGGAUACUUGGAAGCGAACAGUAGGGUUUUUCCAAAGGCUUUCAGCAUAUCGAUGUCACAGAUACCUGUUCCAAGCAGUGUGCAAGAGAUACAUAUCUACAGGAGAAGACAUCACAACUUAGUCUGCUUCUGAACACAUUCUGUCCCCUGACAGCUGCGAUGGGAUGUUUUUCUUCCUUUGUAGCCGUAAGGGCUUAGUUUUCAACGGUUUUUAAUCCUGUGAAACCCAAGUGCUUACUUUAAUUGUCUUUAUAGCUGAUACUCUUCCCUGUACCUGAUUUAAAGGAAAUUCACAUAUUGAGGCAAAUUGCAAAGUCAGUUGUAAUAUUUCCUAUUUAUCACUUUGCCUAUUUCUUUCAGAUAAUGCUAGAUCACACAAAGCUAUAUAUUGAUAACAUUAUUAUCUAUGAAAUCACAGCAGCUAUGAUUUAACAAAAAUGAUGGGUUACAGUUUAAGACAUUGCAGAAUGUAUGAUGUAGAAGUGGAAACACACAAAAGAGAGUGUGUUAAAGCUGUUCCAUUACAAACAUUUUUCUUUGUCGUAGUUGCCUCAAAGUUCCAAUAAUUAGCCAAGGAUCUUCUAAUGAAUAAUCCCCACAGUAUAUUGGAAGUGAGCCCAUUUUCGUAUAAUAUUCAAUGCAUUUUCUUGCCUGAAGAGCGGGUUUGUAGCCCAUAAGAAGUUCAGCUGGUUUGCUCUGUUGCUGUUGAAAGGCUUUUAAAAAGCUAUUCCAGGUGGAGAAAGUCUCAGGAAUUAAAAUAGAGGAGAUGAUAGGAAAACCUCCCAUAGACCGAUUGCAGCUGCAAACCGUGGGGACUGCAUUCAUAGUUAACCGCUUUGUAACAGAGGAAGGCUGCUUCCAUUGUGGAAAUGGUUUCUGUAAUACCUGAUCUGAAUGUGUCAGUCAGAGUUUAUGAAUGAGUUACUGAAUGACACCAUCAAGUAUAUAAAUGGGACACUGAUUGUCUCUAUGGCUUUAAUAGUGGAAAAUCAUGUCACUACAUUUCAUUUUUAUUCUAUUAAUAAAUCAGUGCAUCUUCUA